CAUUGACAAAGAUGUAUCUGAUUAAAGUUUCCCAAUUUUGCUUAGCGUUAGUAGGCGUUGCAUCCUGGUGCAAUGCAGAAAAGAAACCGAAUAUUGUGAUGAUCGUGGCCGACGAUGUAGGGUGGAACGAUGUUGGUUUCCAUGGAUCGAAUCAGAUAGACACGCCUAACAUCGACGCUUUAGGUCUGAACGGAAUCUACUUCGAUAGGUACUACGCUCAGCAGAGUUGCACCCCAUCCAGAUCAGCUCUUUUGACUGGAAGAUACCCGAUUCGAUUAGGUUAUCAGGGAAAGCCUCUACACGCGGGAGAAAACCGCUCGAUUUCGCACGACUUCUGGACAUUGCCCAAAGCUCUGAAAGGUCUCGGCUACAUGAACCAUCUCGUUGGUAAGUGGCAUCUGGGUUCGGCGUCCAAGAAUUUCACACCGCAAGCCUACGGCUACGAUUCCCACUACGGCUAUCUGGAUGGUUUUGUCUCUUACUUCGAUCACGACAUCCAGAGCGAUGGUCAUUUGGGCAAAGACAUGUACAGCGAUCACCAACCAUUGACUAACACCACCGGCGAAUACUUCACCGACCUGGUGACGAGGAAGUCGAUCGAAGUGAUCAAGAAUCAUCCGCAAGAGAAGCCUCUUCAUCUGGUUAUCUCGCAUCUGGCAGCUCACACCGGAAAGUCCACCAGUAUGGGCGGCUUUCUGGAGGUAGCAAGUGAUGAGUACAACGAUAAAAAGUACGGUUACAUUCCGGAUAAAAUCAGAAGAAUGUACGCAGAAAUCGUGGAGAGAAUGGAUACUUCCAUUGGAGAUGUCGUCGAAGCUUUGGAUCGCAAAGGCAUCCUCGACAACACCAUCAUCGUGUUCUUCUCCGAUAACGGUGCUCCGACCAACGGAUUCUUCAAGAAUCGCGGCUCAAAUUUCCCAUUUAGAGGAAUCAAAUUGAGUCUCUUCGAGGGCGGUGUUCGAGUGCCCGCUGUUGUUUACAGUUCGAAAUUCAAGAAUAAGGGCAGAAUCUAUAAAAAU